ACAAAAAUAAAAUUAAAAUAAAAAAAUGUUUUCCGACUUCUAAGUUCUAUAACAAUGUUUUAAAUUUUAAAUUAUUUUUAUAAGUUUUUGGAAUGUUAUUUAUGCAAAGUUGAUAGAACCGUUGGGUUCAAUCAUGGUUUAUAUAAGAACCUUAUCAUAUCGUCGUGUAAACGCUGUUCCGGUGGUAAAUAUUUAUUCUUUGUCAAAAGCUUAUUUGGAUUACCGAAACAGUGUGAAACAUAAAAGUUAUUCGACCAACGUUAAUGUCUUGCCAAAAAGUUGUAAAGUGGCGAUAUGCGGCGGUGGAAUAAUGGGUGCAUCGGUCGCUUAUCAUCUAGCUCAACUGGGCUGGGGUCCACAAACGUUAUUGGUUGAACAAGGAAAGUUAGGAGGUGGGAAGAAUUUGUAUUCAUCAGAUCUGGUUGGAGUUUUUAAACCUACCUUGGGUCAAGUAAGAUUAUGUCAAUCUAGCGUCGAUCUUUACAAACAAUUGGAAUCCCAAGGUUUCAACACUGGUUGGAAGCAGUGUGGUAGUUUGUGUGUGGCUCGGACCAGAAAUCGGAUGAACGUGUUCAGAAGAAUGAAAUCGCAAUCGGUCUCUUGGGGAAUUGAUUGUGAAUUGGUAGACCCAAGUAGAGCAAAACAGUUAUGUCCAAUAAUUAAAAUUGAUGAUAUCAAAGGAGCUUUGUGGAUACCUGGUGAUGGAGUGGCAGACUCAUAUAAAACGUGUAUUUCACUUCUAGAAGCCGCCAAACAAAAAGGUGUUACAGUAAUGGAAAAUUGUAAACUAUUAGAAGUAGUGUGUGAUGGCAGUAAAGUAGUCGCAAUCGAUACCACAAUGGGCUCGGUUGAAUGUGAUCAUUAUGUUAACUGUGGUGGAUUUUGGGCCCGUAAAAUAGGACAGCUUAGCAAUCCUGUGGUCAAAGUGCCUCUGCACCCUGUGGAACAUUAUUAUCUUCGUACCAAGCCCAUACCAAACUUAGACCCAUUAACUCCAGUCGUUCGCGAUCAGGAUGGUUAUAUUUAUUUUCGAGAAAUGAACGGAUGCAUAUUAGCUGGUGGAUUCGAACCAGAAGGAAAGCCUACAUUUGAAGACAGCGUAUGUCCAGAAACUAUGGAAGAGAGACAACUACUUGCAGAUUGGGAUCAUUUUCAUGUGCUGUUCGAGCAAAUGUUGCAUAGAGUGCCAUCGUUAGCAAAUGCUACGCUUGACAACCUGGUCAAUGUUGCAGAAACGUUUUCUCCAGAUUGCAAAUGGAUUGCAGGCCGAGCACCUGAAAUUCAAAACUAUUAUGUAGCUGCUGGUAUGAAAACAGUUGGCAUUUCAGCAGCUGGUGGAGUUGGACAAGGGACCGCUCAGUGUAUUGUUAACGGUUAUUCAGAAUUUGAUAUGUACGAAAUAGAUAUGAGUCGAUUUUUAGGUCUACAUAAUAACAGACGAUUUUUAAGAGACCGUGUUAAAGAAGUACCAGGUAGGCAUUAUUCAAUUCCCUACCCAUACCUGGAAUUUGUUACUGGCCGUAACUUAAGGAUGUCACCUAUUUCUCCAAAAUUAAAAGAAGCUGGAGCUGUAUUCGAACAAGUGAUGGGAUAUGAAAGGCCGACGUGGUUUGAUUCAGAAAUAGCUCAUGGUUAUUUACUUGGCAAUGUCGAUCCCAACAAACUAUAUAUGGCAAAGACUAAUACUUUUGGUAAGCCUGAUUGGUUCGACUUGGUAGAAGCAGAAUAUGAAGCUUGUAGAGAAAAUGUUAGCCUGUUGGACUACUCUUCUUUCACGAAAUUGGAUAUACAAUCAAAAGACCAGGAAGUUGUACAAGCCUUACAGUAUCUUUGCUCAAACGAUGUUGAUGUUCCUAUUGGAAGUAUUAUUCACACAGGAAUGCAGAAUGUCCGGGGUGGAUAUGAAAACGAUUGCAGUCUUAUAAGAUUAUCAGAUAAUCAUUAUAUGAUGAUUGCUCCGACUAUACAACAGACUCGUUGCAAAAUCUGGAUUCAGCGUCAUUUACCGACAGAUAAUUCUGUCGUUUUAACAGACGUCACUUCUAUGUUCACUGCAAUAUGUAUAAUGGGGCCGUUUACACGUCACUUAUUAUCUGAACUAACCGAGACUGACUUGAGUCCAAAAUCAUUUCCGUUCUUCACAUACAAAGAACUUGACGUUGGCCUAGCAAACGGAAUUAGAGCAUUGAACAUCACCCAUACGGGAGAACUUGGUUAUGUACUUUACAUACCAAAUGAGUUUGCAUUGCAUGUCUACAAUUCGUUAAUACAAGCUGGAAAAAAGUACAAUUUAAGGCACGCCGGCUGUUAUGCGAUGAAAGCGUUGAGAGUGGAAAAGUUCUAUGCGUUUUGGGGUCAAGAUUUAGAUACCUCUACCACUCCGUUGGAAUGUGGUCGUUCUUGGAGAGUAAAGUUUGAUAAAGGAAUCAAUUUUAUAGGGCGUGAUGCGUUGCUCCGUCAACAAGAAGAAGGUAUAAAACGAAUUUAUGUUCAGUUGUUAUUGAACGAACACGAUCCGGACAUCGAUCAAUGGUCUUGGGGUGGUGAACCGAUAUACAGAAACAAGAAAUAUGUUGGUGCUACUACUACGACUAGUUAUGGUUUUACAUUCAAGAAACAAGUUUGUUUAGGAUUUGUUCAAAAUUUGGACGAUCAAGGCCAGGCACAACCAAUCACUAAUGAGUAUGUAAUGGCAGGUGACUAUGAAGUAGAAAUUGCCGGUAUAAGAUAUCCGGCAAAAGUGAAUAUAAACAGUCCAAAUUUACCAACCAAGUAUCCAGAUAAGGAACGCGAGUCAUAUUUGGCCACCAGAGACAAAAUGGUAUCUGAACCACUGCUGCGACACAACUAAAAAUCCACCCUAAAAAUAAUUGUGUUUCCUAUUUUGUUCUACGUUUAUCGAGUUUAUAAGUAUUUUUUCCUAAAUUUAUAUUGUCUAAUAUCCUCUAUGCUGUUAUAGUUACAGUAUUGUUAUGAAACAUACUUAAAACACUAAUUUGUAUCUAAACUAAAUAUUGCUAAGUACAAACUCUAGUCCCUCGGUGAUCUUAGGUCUUCCUCUGUAUGAUAAAAUAGUUUUUAAUUGUUUUUCAUUGGCCUUAUUUUUUUUUUAUAAAGUUGUUACUGACUGAAAUAAAUAUUUAUUUUACUUAAAAAAUAUGCCUUAUUUUUAGCUUUGGUAAAGAUGCAGUACAAUAUA